AUGUUACGCUUUGUACUAUUCCUUGUUGUUACUUUUGCUAAAGAUUCAUUGGUUUUUACUGAAUUAAAAAACGAAGAUGGUGAUGCUGUUGGAUUUAUAUCAAUAGAGUUUGAUAAAUGUUAUUAUUAUGGAGAAAGCUCAUCAUCUUAUUUUACUCAUGAUGGAGAUAAGGUUAUAAUCAAAUUAUAUGAUGGCUCAUCUUCAUGUUCCAGAAAUAAUGAGGAGCAAACAUUCGAUAUUCAUGAUGAUGCAUUAAAAAGAUAUUGUCAAGUCUCACUAGAUUAUGAUGUUGAGAAUUGUACACAUCGUGAUAAUACAAUCAGAGCAUAUUAUACUGGUAAAUGUUAUAAAUGUAAUGUGGGUAAAAAUUAUUAUUGUAAUUACAAUGAAGAAAAUGGGUAUAUGUGGGAAAAUGUUUAUCAAAACAAUAAGUGUACUAGUAAAGAAACAGUUGAACAGAUAUCUCAAUGGGAAUGUGACGUUUGUAAAAAUGGUUUUAUGUUCCAAUGUGGUUCAAUGUCAACAACAGUUAUUUCUAUCAUUAUUCUUCUUUCUUUAGUCCUUUAA